GAAGAUCCAUUCAACAUGCGCAUGCACGAGACAUAAAAUCUCGUUUUUGACCAAUGACCUUGCGGCAUUCAACAACCAACAUGUCUGCUGACAGACCGUCAAUCAGUUCGAAAGAAAAUGGCGCCAAGUGCAGAUCGAUAGGUGGCAACUUGAUUAUCGAUAUGACUUCCACAGUGGUACUUGAACAAGAUCAGUUUGAUGUUUACAAAGACGCAACUACGGGAGAGACCUUGUCGGUGACACGGUUUACCUGGAAGAAUUCUUCGGGAAUCCAGGUUCAGGUGAUCACGUACGGCGGUACGAUUACUUCUAUCAAAUUGCCCGACAAGAAUGGAACCAUAGAUGAUAUCGUUAUGGGUUUUGAUGAUAUGAAAGGCUAUUUGGAUGCGUUAAAUCCAUACUUCGGAGCCACCGUGGGAAGAGUGGCCAAUCGCAUAGGUGGCGCUAGUUUCACAAUAGACGGAGUGACUUAUAACGUUACUGCGAAUGAAGGAAAAAACAUUCUUCACGGUGGGCUCAAGGGUUUCGAUAAGGUCAACUGGAACUACUACGUCUCGGGCAACAAGGUGAUUCUAAGUUACCUCUCCAAAGAUCAGGAAGAAGGUUUUCCCGGUGACGUCAUAGUCAAUACAACUUACGAAUUAACGGACGACAACAGGCUUUUGGUCGACUACCAAGCGACCACCAGUAAACCGACCUACGUGAACCUAACUAACCACUCUUACAUCAACUUGGCCGGUCACAAUACCGGUUCCGAAGAACUAUACAAACACGUAGUAUCCGUCAACGCUGAUUACAUAACCGAAGUAGAUGCUGAGUCCAUUCCGACUGGUAACCUUCUGCCUGUUGCUGGUACGGUGUUCGAUCUCCGGAUACCCAAAACUCUUAGUGAUGUCAUAGACAAGGUCCCCGGAUAUUCUGGCUUUGACCACAACUUCUGCGUCACUAAGGGAACCACCCAAGAAAACACUUUUAUGGCAAGGGCUGUUCAUCCGACAAGUGCUAGAGUCAUAGAGGUCUACAGCAAUCAGCCGGGGGUGCAGUUCUACACCGCCAAUAACAUUCCGGCCAAGACUGCAGCACAAACCAUCACCGGCAAAGGAGGAAGUAAAUAUUACGAGCAUGGGGCUUUGUGCUUUGAAAAUCAGAACUAUCCUGAUGCUAUCAACCACAAAAAUUUCCCCCCUGCAGUUCUAUAUCCAGGACAAAUCUACCAUCGCACAUUUGAAUAUAGAUUUUUCGUCAACCAAUAAAUCUCUGCAGAAAGGAAAUAUGGCAAGGAAUCAACAAUACGUGAACUUUAUAUAUUAACAUAUUGUAAUAAUCA